AUGGCGGGCAUAUUCUGUAGUACCUCUUUAGGAAGAUUUAUCCAUUGGCUUUCUGGUGGUCAGCUCUUGAGGUUUCCGGAAGAGGAGCCUGGAUUCUGUCUGUCACCAGAAUAUUCAACAGCUGCGAGGUCAAAACCUGCUUCGAAAUGGCUCGUUCCAGAAACUACCACAGACGGCAUGGUACUUGUGGGUUGGUAUUCUGACGACGACCCGGGAAAUCCGCAUAAUUGGCCUCGUUGGACCAAGAUCAUGGUGUACAUCCAGAUAAACUUUUACACUUUCGUUGUCUACAUGUCGUCCGCGGCGUUCACUCCUGCAGAAAUGACAUUUCAGGCCGAAUAUGGUGUGCCCUCAUCGGUGAGCUCACUUGGCAUGGCCCUAGUUCUUCUGGGUUAUGGAAUAGGACCCUUGCUAUUUGGUCCGUUAUCGGACAAACCGUCUAUAGGCCGCAACCCACCCUACGUGAUCUCGUUUGCCGUUUUCUUGAUAGUCAGUGUACUCGCAGCCGUUGUCAAUAAUGUCCCCGGGUUUCUCUUUCUACGCUUUGCCCAAGGCUUCUUCGGGUCACCGUGUCUGGCAACGGGACCGGCUUCCUUCGCAGAUAUCACAAAUCUUGUCAACCUACCUAGCGGGUUAUGGAUCUGGGGAGUAUGUGCCGUGUCCGCUCCUACCGUGGCUCCAACGUUGGCCAGUUUAUGCGUCACGUCAAAAGGGUGGCACUGGAGCAUGUGGCUAAUUGUCUUUUUUGCUGCGCCGUGUUUCUUGCUUCUGAUCUUCUUACCAGAAACAUUAGGUCCGGCCAUUUUAUAUCAACGCGCCAGACGGCUACGGGCUUUGACGGGCAAUGAGGCGUUCAGAUCCAGUUCCGAAAUGAACAAUACAGGGUUGACUCAAGAGACUUGGUAUGACUUUCUUGUCAUUCCAUGGAAGAUAAACGCAUUUGACCCCGCUAUCCUGUUUACUACACUCUACACUGCAUUGGUGUAUGCUAUUUUCUAUUCCUUCUUCGAAGCGGUACCUCUGGUAUACCAAGGGGUAUACGCGAUGAGCCUAUUACAAACCGGGGCGAUAUUUAUAACGGCCAUAGUGGCCGUGUUACUUACCACACCAUUCUACCUGGCCAUCACUCACUAUACAAUCAGCCGUCCAGUCAAAGCCGGGAAAAUGCCUUCACCCGAACAAAGACUCAUACCCGGACUUCUUGGCUCACUGGUUGUUCCAGCCGGAAUGUUUCUUUUUGCCUGGACUUCAAGCCCAAAGUUCCACUGGAUUGUACCCACCAUCGGCUUCCUGCUUUUCAUGAUCGGCAUGCCCACUCUUCUUCAGGCCAUGUUCGCCUACAUGUCUGUCUCGUAUGGAAGAUACGCAGGGAGUCUUUUCGCCAUGAAUGACUUUGCGCGGUCGGUUCUUGCCUUUGCGUCUAUUCUUUGGUCGACCCCGCUUUAUGUUAACCUUGGGAUUGAUAAAGGUGCGAGUUUGAUUGGGGCGUUGACGGUGGUAUGUGUUUUUGGGAUCUUUGCUUUGUUCUGGUUUGGGGCUACUCUGCGGAGGCGAAGUCGUUUCGCGCAAUAUGAGAUGGAUGGAGGGUUGUGA